AAGGCUGGUGGAUGGACUCUGGAGCAAGCUGCUCUAGUCUGUGCUUGCUUGCUGCUCCCUCGGUCCUUCCUCCCACAACAGAGGCGAUGCAAGCAGGCGUAAUCGUCCAAUCCACCAGCUUGCAUUGCUCUUUUAUUAUAUAUUCGUAUAUAAGUAGUAUAGGUGUAGACGCAAGCACGCACCAGACCUUUCCCACUUCUUCUGCAGCAGCAGAUCAGGUGAGGACGUGAGGUGAUGGCGUCCUCCGCCGCCACCACCACCACCACCCUCCUCCGUCUGCUUUGCCUCUGCACCGUCCUGCUAGUCGCCAUGCAGGCGGCGGCGGCUCGCCCGCCCAACGUCACCAUCGGCUCCCUCUUCGCCUUUGACUCCGUCAUCGGAAGGUCCGCCAGGUCCGCCAUCCAGCUCGCCGUCGACGACGUCAACCGCGACCCCACCGUGCUCAACGGCACCACCCUCACCGUCGUCUUCCAGGACACAAAGUGCAGCGGAUUCGCAGGCACAAUCCAAGCAGGCCUGGAGCUGAUGGAGAAGGAGGUGGUGGCCGUGGUGGGCCCGCAGUCCUCGGUCAUCGCGCACGUCGUCUCCCACGUCGCCAACCAGCUGCGCGUGCCGCUGCUGUCCUUCGCCGCCACCGACCCGGCGCUCGCCUCCACGCAGUACCCCUACUUCGUGCGCACCGUGCACGACGACCGCUUCCAGAUGGCCGCCAUCGCUGACGUCGUCUCGCACUUCGGAUGGAGGGAGGUCACCGCCGUCUACGUCGACGACGACUACGGCCGCGGCGGCGUCAUCGCGCUCGCCGACGCGCUGGAGGCCACGCGUGCCAGGGUGUCCUACAGGGCCGCCUUCCCGCUGGGCGCCGACCGCGCCACGCUCGCCGACAUCCUCCAGCGCGCCAACUUCAUGGAGUCGCGCGUCUUCAUCGUCCACGCUAGCCCGGACUCGGGCCUCAACGUCUUCGCCGCCGCGCGGGGGCUCGGCAUGAUGGUCUCGGGGUACACCUGGAUCGCGACCGACUGGCUCGCCACCGCCGCCAUCGAUGCUGCUGGCGCCGCCUCCAACUCCAGCAACAUACAGGGCGUCCUCACGCUGCGACAGUACACCCCGGACUCUGACGCCAAGGCGUCGCUCCUCUCCAGGCUCGCCGCCGCUGAUCCAACCAGCAACAAUGCCACCGCCAGCGUCAACACGUACGGCCUCUUCGCCUACGACUCCGUAUGGAUGGCGGCGUACGCCAUCGAUCAGUUCCUCGGCGACGCCGGUGGCGGCAACGUCUCCUUCUCCGCCGACCCCACCAUCCGCGAUGCCAACGGCAGCGCGCUGGGUCUCAGCGCGCUCAGGGUGUUCGACCAGGGCGAGCAGCUACUCGGGAAGGUCAUGCUCUCCAACUUCACCGGCGUCACGGGCCACGUGGAGUUCCAGUUCGACGCCGGUGUGAAUAGCAGCGGAACCCUCGUCAACCCUGCCUAUGAGAUCCUCAACGUCGGUGGCACGGGCGUCCGCCGUGUCGCCUACUGGUCCAACUACACGCGCCUGUCGGUGGACGCACCCAAGCAGCUCGGCGACGGCGUGCCUCCGCCCAACAGCACCAGCACGACGGCCCAACAGCAGAUGUCCAACGUCAUCUGGCCCGGUGGCACGACGGCCACGCCGCGCGGGUGGGUGUUCGCCGACAACGGCAAGCCGCUGACGAUCGGCGUGCCCUACCGGACGUCGUACAAGGAGUUUGUGUCCAAGGACGAGACAAGCCCCGACGGCGUGAGCGGCUACUGCGUGGACGUGUUCAAGGCGGCGGUGGCCCUGCUCCCGUACCCGGUGCCGGUGUCGUUCGUCCUGUUCGGCGACGGCGUCGAGAACCCCAGCUACAACGAGCUGGUGCAGAAGGUGGCGGACGGCUACUUCGACGCGGCGGUGGGCGACAUCUCGAUCGUCACGAACCGAACGCGGGUGGUGGACUUCACGCAGCCGUACAUCGACUCCGGGCUCAUGAUCGUGUCCACGGUGAAGUCCAGCAGCUCCGACGAGUGGGCCUUCCUCAAGCCCUUCACACCGGAGCUUUGGGCCACUGUUGUCGCCUUCUGCAUCUUCGUCGGCGCCGUGGUGUGGAUCCUGGAGCACCGGCACAACGACGAGUUUCGCGGGCCGCUGAAGAAGCAGAUGGUCACCAUCUUCUGGUUCAGCUUUUCCUCCAUGUUCUUCACGCAGAGAGAGGACACCGUCAGUGUUCCUGGUCGCUUCGUCGUCAUCAUGUGGCUCUUCGUGGUGCUCAUCAUCACCCAGAGCUACACAGCCAGCCUGACGUCCAUCCUGACAGUGCAGCAGCUGUCGACGGGAAUCCAGGGCCUGAGCGACCUCCUCGCCUCCAACGACCCCAUCGGUUACCAGGUCGGCUCCUUCGCUGGGAGCUACAUGAACAAGGAGCUGGGCGUCGCGGCGACACGCCUCCGGGAGCUGGACCCCGACGACUACGCCGACAGCCUGCAGCGCGGGCCCAGAGGCGGCGGCGUGGCGGCCAUCGUCGACGAGCUGCCCUACAUGGAGCUCUUCCUCUCCAGCAACUGCCAGUUCCAGACGGUGGGCCAGGAGUUCACCAAGAGCGGAUGGGGAUUCGCGUUCCCGCUUGACUCCCCGCUGGCGGUGGACCUGUCCACGGCCAUCCUGACGCUGUCGGAGAACGGCGACCUGCAGCGGAUCCACGACAAUUGGCUCAACACGGGGACGUGCGACUCGCAGAACAACGGCGUGGGCGGCGCCGAAAGGCUCAGCCUGCGCAACUUUGGGGGGCUCUUCCUUAUCUGCGGCGUCGCCUGCGUCAUCGCCCUGCUCAUCCACUUCGUCAGGAUACUUUUCCAGUUCUGCCAGUACCGCAGACACGGGGCCGCCGACGGCGCCCAAGAAGAGGACGAGAACGACGGCGACGACGACAGGGACGGCGACAGCGACAAGGAGAAGAGCCAGCGCCGGCCCGCCAGGCAGACCAGCAUCCGGGACCUCAUGUCCUUCGUGGACAUGGAGGAGGCCGAGGUCAAGAGGGCCAUCCGGAGCAGGUCUGGCAAGUCCAUGGGCCGGUCCCGGAGCGACACGUCUGAUGCACCGUCCUCGUCGCCGGUGUAACGUACAAGAGCUUUUAUAUCGGUUUUCCAACACCGGACCGGAGAGCAGCUCGAUGGAAGAGAGAGACCGAGUCUUGAGUGGAGAGCUAGGGUCAGCUGGUCCAGACUACCCUGAGCGAUUGAGUUAGGGCACUCGUAGACCAUCUUGACCUUCUCUCUGUUAACAAUUUAAACAUUCCUGUGUUUAAUUUAGUUCAUGAAUAUAAUAUAAUAAAUUUACAGUGAUAUUAU